UUUUUCACUCAUCAUAUCAUCAUAGUAUGGUUUCUUUCUUUCUCUGCCAAAACAGAGCCAAUCUACUCUCAACCCUUCCCUAACGCUGACGCCGGCGUCGGUGGCGUUGCCGCUGCCAUCCUCAAAUCCGGUUUCAACAGCGGCAAUGGAAGCGCCAAAGUUUGUAUGGGAAGGGGCAAUUCCUCUUCAAAUCCAUCUCCACGAAUCCCAAGUCACCACUCUUCCUCCUCCUCCUCCUGCUCUGAUCUUAGCUCCACGGAUCGGGUAUCUGCCGCUGUUAGCGCCUUUGAUUAAGCCCUAUUUUAGCAGCACACUUCCUCCUGGUGUUGAUACCAUUUGGUUCGAUUACAAUGGCCUCCCUCUCAAAUGGUACAUACCAACUGGAGUUCUUUUCGAUCUUCUGUGCCCUGAGCCUGAAAGGCCUUGGAACAUCACUGUCCAUUUUAGAGGAUAUCCCGGAAGUGUAUUGAUACCUUGUGAAGGUGAAGAUUCUGUGAAGUGGAGCUUUAUAAACUCAUUGAAAGAGGCAGCAUAUAUAAUGAAUGGAAAUUGCAAGAAUGUUAUGAACAUGUCUCAGUCUGAUCAGCUGGAGCUUUGGCAUUCUGUCAUGAAUGGUAAUUUGGAAGCCUACCAGCGGGUCUCAUCUAAGCUUAAACUUGCAACGGUUGAUGAUGAGUAUGCAAGUUUGUGCUUGCAAAAAUCUCAACAAUCCGUCAUAGAAACAGAUUUGCCUGCACAAGCAAAGACAGGAAGAGUUCCAGUUAGAUUAUAUGUUCUAAGCGUAAGCAAGGAUUUUGAUGAUUUGGACGAGAUUCCUCGAGUUGAUAGUUGGGAGAAGAUCUCUUACAUAAAUCGACCUGUUGAGAUCCGCAAAGAAGAUAAAUGCUUCACUUUACAUGAUGCUUUGAAAAUCCUUCUGCCGGAAUUGUUUUUAGAUGAAUCCUUAAUGAAUGUAAAAUUAGGCGGAGUAGAUCUUGAGGAUGCAGUUAGAAAUUCGAAUGAAGAUGUGACCAGUGAUAAGGUAGUGGAAGACCAGGGACAAAAUGCAUGUAAACGACCAGAGGCUUGCCGCAUUUCCAGUAGUGCCGAAAUCAAGCUUAUCCGAAUUCAGGGUAUCGAACCGAAGUUAGAGAUACCCUUUUCUUGGGUAGCAAACAAUUUAUUAAACCCGGACUAUUUUCUUCACGUCUGUGUUUGUGUCAAAGUUGCACAAUAAAAUCCCACAUGAAGGGGAUGGAUAUGUGUGGAUAUGUUUCUCCUGUUGCGACAGGGAAGUUAGGGUCUCUUCUUUUUAUUCAUUUUACACUGUGAAUAUGUUGAUUGCAUCAAUGUCUUACAAAAAUUGAAAAGAAAAA